AUGAGCUCGGCGAAUUUUCAAUGCACCACUGCAGAAUUGCCCGGCGCUGCUCCUGAUGUUUGUCAUGUUGUGGGUCUGGCACCCGGUAUGCUAAACUACGAAAUCGCAACACAUUCACGCAGUACUUCGGGUUUCCCUCUGGCUCUCCAAGGGGGGGUGGAUCAAUGGGCUAUGGUCAGUUAUGACUGGGAUGACGAAACUGCCUUGAAGUUAGCAAGCGAGUUCCAGCAGAAUUCCCAGCAAUGCUAUGGUAUUGGCGCUGCAAACAAUGGAAGGCAACCAGAGAAUAAGAAUGCAUGGUAUGCGACCCUUCACUCUGAAUAUCUGAAAAUCUUGAAAAUACUAACAAUAAUUCGCUAA